AUGGCGGUGGCCGACGGCGGCGCCCCGCUCGGAUCCUCUGUAAUCUCACUAGUCAACAAACUUCAAGACAUCUUCAGCCGUCUCGGAAGCCAAUCCACCAUCGACCUCCCUCAGGUUGCCGUUGUCGGCAGCCAGAGUAGCGGCAAGUCUAGCGUCCUCGAAGCUCUCGUCGGCCGCGACUUCCUCCCCCGUGGUAACGAAAUCUGCACUAGAAGACCUCUUGUUCUCCAACUCGUUCACAUUCAAUCCUCCCAACCUGAAUCCGCUGAGUUUCUUCAUUUACCUGGCCGUACCUUCCAUGAUUUCUCCCAAGUCCGCGCUGAAAUUCAGGCUGAAACUGAUAGAGAAGCUGGAGGGAACAAAGGUGUUUCUGAUAAACAGAUUCGUCUCAAGAUUUUUUCUCCUAAUGUUCUUGAUAUCACCCUUGUGGAUCUCCCUGGUAUUACCAAGGUUCCUGUUGGUGAUCAACCUUCCGAUAUUGAAGCUCGAAUUAGAACCAUGAUCAUGUCCUAUAUCAAAGUUCCCACUUGUCUCAUUCUUGCUGUUACUCCUGCUAAUUCAGAUAUGGCUAAUUCCGAUGCUCUUCAAAUGGCUGGAAAUGCUGAUCCUGAUGGUCAUAGAACGAUAGGUGUUAUAACCAAGUUGGACAUCAUGGACAGAGGCACUGAUGCUCGAAAUCUGUUAAAGGGAGACAUUAUUCCCCUCCGACUUGGUUAUGUUGGUGUUGUGAAUCGGAGCCAGGAGGAUAUUAUGAUGAAUCGGAGUAUAAAGGAUGCUCUUGCUGCUGAAGAGAAGUUUUUCCGCAGUCAUCCUAUAUAUAGUGGUCUAGCUGAUAGUUGCGGUGUUCCUCAAUUGGCAAAGAAAUUGAACAAGAUUCUUGCACAACAUAUCAAGGCUGUGCUACCAGGGCUGAAAGCACGUAUAAGCACUUCACUAGUCACUCUUGCAAAGGAACAUGCAAGCUAUGGAGAUAUCACAGAGUCCAAGGCUGGGCAGGGCGCACUUAUCCUUAAUAUUCUUUCAAAAUAUUGUGACGCUUUCUCCUCCAUGGUAGAGGGGAAGAAUGAGGCGAUGUCUACAUCCGAGCUAUCAGGUGGAGCACGGAUUAAUUACAUUUUUCAAUCCAUAUUUGUGAGGAGUUUAGAGGAAGUGGAUCCGUGUGAAGACUUGACUGAUGAUGAUAUUCGUACCGCUAUACAGAAUGCAACUGGACCUAAAGCCGCACUGUUUGUUCCAGAUGUUCCAUUUGAAGUCCUUGUGCGAAGGCAGAUAUCUCGGCUAUUGGAUCCAAGUCUUCAAUGUGCCAGGUUUAUAUAUGACGAGUUAAUGAAGAUCAGCCAUCGCUGUAUGGUGACUGAACUGCAGCGAUUCCCUUUCUUGAGAAAACACAUGGAUGAAGUUAUUGGGAACUUUUUACGAGAAGGCCUUGAACCCUCAGAGACUAUGAUCACACACAUCAUAGAAAUGGAGAUGGAUUACAUAAACACUUCCCACCCAAAUUUUAUUGGUGGAAGUAAAGCAUUAGAAGCUGCAGUUCAACAGACUAAGUCUUAUACAGUUUCCCUGCCAGUUUCCAAAUUGAAGGAUGCUUUGGAUUCUGAUAAAGGAUUAGCUUCUGAAAGAAGUGGAAAGUCUCUAGCUAUUCUUGCAAGACAUGCCAAUGGAGGAAUGGCAGAUCAUGGUGUGCGUGCUGCAUCAGAUACUGAUAAAGUAGUGCAUUCAGGAGCCGCUGGUGGAUCUACUUGGGGGAUCUCAUCUAUUUUUGGUGGAGGUGAUAACCGUAUGUCUGUGAGGGAGAAUACAAAUAGUAAACCUCAUUAUGAUCCAGUUGAGAGUGUGCAUCCAUCUUCUACAAUUCAUUUGAGAGAGCCCCCCUCUGUCUUGAGGCCAUCUGAGAGAAGUUCAGAGACACUAGCUGUUGAAAUUACAGUAACAAAGUUGCUUUUGAGGUCAUAUUACGAGAUUGUCAGAAAAAAUGUUGAGGAUCUUAUCCCUAAGGCGAUUAUGCACUUCUUGGUAAAUAACACGAAGAGAGAGCUGCACAAUGUCUUCAUUGCAAAUCUAUACAGAGAUGAUCUAUUUGAAGAGAUGUUGCAAGAGCCUAAUGAGAUAUCCGUUAAAAGAAAGCGCUGUCGAGAACUGCUCCGAGCUUAUCAACAAGCUUUUAGAGACUUGGACGACCUACCUCUUGAAGCUGAAACAGUUGAAUGGGGACACAGUUCGCCUGAGACAACUGGCUUGCCUAAAAUUCGUGGAUUACCAACUUCUUCGAUGUAUUCUACUGGCAGUUCAGGGGACAGUGUCUAA